AUGCGAUGGGCCUUGUUGGUGUUCUACUUGAUCGCCGUGGCGACCAGCCGAAGGUCAACGACGAUUUGCAUCUUUGAUGAUGGAGGGGGAAACGCCACCGAAAAGUAUUGUCGCAACUCGAUGUUCUGCGUCUUUGUUAUGGAGACUCGGGGUCGCCAGUUAGAGAUUUUUCGGGGUUGUGAUGAGGACUUCCAACACCGCUAUGCCGAGAUGAACCACUUGGCCAUCGGCGGGCCGAUGCCUGGAUGUAUCGAAUCAUUGCUCAACCAUCAUACGACCUAUGCCUCGUGCAAUAUGGAUCUACCGAUCUGGAAUCCCGAACUGUUGCCAGAAUUUCGCGCCGAUCACGUGCGCAAAACGAAGGAAAUGCAGAAAAAUUUCGAAGAGGACAGGGUCGAAAGCGUCAGCGUCGAAAUCGCGUUUCUGCUCGCCGGCAGCAUGUUGAUAUCGACUAUAUUGGCCGGCAGCCAGGUCCGUCAAUGCCUCAGAAAGCUUCGGCCGGCCGAAUCUCUGGGCGAUGACCUGCACCGCAACUUAAUCCCGUCGAAAUACUUCUAUACUCAGCUGCAACGUCAGAAGGCCAAAUCUGCCGUGACCGGAAGGAUGAACCUGGAAGGGCUGGCUGAGACGUUGUUCUCCAUCGAAUAUCCACUGAAGAAGCGCAAAUCAACGGCGCUAGGCUACGCGAAAAGCAAGGAUAAGGGAACCACCACACAACGCCCGGCUACCGUGAAGAACAGCAAGCGUCGCAGCGCGGGCGGCUCCAACAGCAAAUCAUCCCGGAAAUCCUCCAAAAAAGCGAUGAGGUCUCUGCGCUCCCGCAAGUCCUACAAGAGUAGACGCAGCGUACGCUCGCUCAAGCACAGCGCCGAGUUGACGGUAUCGAGGAAGAAAACCAAGCAGUUAGCCGCUCUGUUGCCAGAAGUCACCGGGCUGACCAUCAAUUUCCAGGUUUUGACCGGUGCCUUCGCCGAGGAGCCGAAUCCGCUGCCGAUUGCCAGGGACUAUGUUCUGUUCGAAUUCGGAGAUGCCGUGGCGCGGAUACUGGCACAUGGCCCCUAUAUGUUCCCGCACAGCCCACUCGACCUCAUCCAUUUGCUCAACAAGGCCAGGGACCUCUUUGCCGCUGAUCCUGUUUUUAUGAGUCUCCCCGGCCCAUUAAUGAUCAUCGGCGACCUUCGCGGGCAAUACCUUGACUUCCAUCGCUGGCUAGAUUUCAUUCGAUUCGAGGGUGGACGAACGCGGUUUCUCUUCCUCGGCAAUGUCGUCGACCAGCGCCACCCUGGCAGUAUUGACUGUUUGGCGCUCGUCUGUGCAUUAAAGCUGAAAUUCCCGCGCUGCGUGUACUACCUCCGCGGCAUGAACGAGUCGAGCUCGCUGACGUUGAGCCGACAAAGGUUCAACAGCAACGCCGAGCGCCACCUUCUCGAGCAGGGCAUCCGGGAGCUGUUCGGGCAGCUCCCUCUCGUUGCGCUGGUUGAGGGGAAGAUUUUGGCGGUUCCGUCCGGAAUCUGUCAUUUGCUAGGCAACAAGGAGAACCUAAAGUCGACGCUGCGGCCAUUCGGGCGACGCCUCGGCUACGAGGAGGACCAUCCUUUGGCCGAGAAGCUGGCCACAAGCCUUCCCGAUCAGGACGUCGGCUGGUACUACCCGGCGCCAGGACGCGUCGAAUAUUACGGCCAAGAAGCGUUGGUCCGCAUCUUGCGGUGCUACGGCGCCCAAAUGAUUGUCCGCUCGAGGAACGUGCUGCCGAGCGGCUUCUACUCGGCGUUUGACGGCCGACUGAUGAAUAUUUGGUCUGCCACCCAUCAGCCGGGCCGCACCGGCGCCAUCCUGGCGAUCAACGAAAAAGCCACCGAGUGCACCAUUUUGCAAUUGAAGGCCACUCUGCUGCAGUCGGAUUCCCAGGGCGCCGACCCUUCGAAGCAGUCCGCCCGGCCGGCUUCCACGCGU